AAUAGGUAUUGUUUGUUAAAUUGUGUUUCUUUUGAUUUCUCUGGUGUUCGAUAGUUCUUGUUAUAUGCUGAAAAACGAUGAUUUAUAUUUUAAGUAGUCUUAACAUUGCCUGUCUCAAAUAUAAAUGUAUAUUCGUUUGAAUUGAAAUGUGUAACCAGCUGCAGAAAUGACUGUUUCAAAUCAGUUAGUUGUACCCAUUACUUUAUGGGGCAACAGAGCUCCAACUCACUGUAUUUCAGCAGUUUACUUAACACGUGAUCACAAAACAAUUGUAACAGGAUGCAAUGAUGGGCGAAUUUGUGUUUGGGAUGUUUCAGAUAAUUUAAAGAUUGUUCCUCGUUGCUUAUUGUUUGGACACACUGCGCCUGUUCUAUGCCUAACAUAUGGAAGCAUUGCUACGGAUAGCACGCUUUUGGUUAGCUCAUCUGAAGCUGGAGAAAUGUCUUUAUGGGAUCUAACUGAUGGGCGUUGCCUUGAAAGUGCCAAACUUCCUUAUAUUCACACAUCUAUUCAUUCUUAUCAUAUGCUAGGAACCAAUGAUGUAAGACUGUUUUGUAAUGGCUAUUAUGCAGAAAUAUUGGUAUUGGAUGUAUUAACAUUUGAUAUACUUUUUACGUUAUCCUCUCGAGUGAAUCCUGAUUGGAUAAGUGCCAUGCAUGUGCUUCGUCCUGCUAAAAGGCCAGAUGAUGUCAUAGUUGGUUUAUCUGCUGCUGGAAUGGUUAAAAUCUGGACGUUGAAUGGAAAUGAAACAAAAAACGAGCCUGUAUAUGAGUAUGAAUCAAAGCCUAUUUGCUGCUUAAAUGCAUUGAAGUUAACAUUUUGUAUCUAUAAUCAAAGAACUGUUUUAAUUGUUUGUACAAAGUACUGGCAGAUUUAUGAUGCUGGAGAUUUCUCAUUGCUUUGCUCAUCUGAUAAUCCCCGUAAUGAGCGGUGGAUGGGAGGAGAAUUUUUGUCUGCUGACCGGGUUUUAAUAUGGAGUGACAGUGGUAAGGGCUACAUGUAUAAAUUGCCUACAAACAAACUGAAGGGGAAAAUGUUUAGCUGUAAUCCCGACAGUAAAGAAUUUCAUUCGGAAUCUAAGACAGAUGAUCAGGCUGUAUUGUACAGUAUUUUGGUUGUACCAGAUGACAAGAGACUUCUUUGUCCACCAGCUAUGAAUUUCACAACUGUUCGUGGUCAGUUACAGAAAAUCCUUUUGCGAGGAGAUUCGAGUGGUCGAGUCACUUUGUGGAAUGUACCUGAUAUCCCUGAUUGUGAUAUUCAAAAACUGAAGUCGGAGAAAGAGAAUAAUUGUCCUGAGCAUUACCCAGAAACAAAUAUGAGCUUGGAAGAGGCAUGGAAUUCUAUGCGUCCAUCCCCUGCAGGGAUAUUAGAUCAGAUGCUUGCACCUGAUUCCUACAAUUUGAAGCUUACUGCAAGUGUGUACCUUCCACUCCAAGGCAGACUAGUGUGUGGAAGGGAAGAUGGUUCAAUUGUAAUAAUAUCUGCAACACAGACUGUUCUUUUGCAACUUUUAUAUGGAAAGCAUCAAACAUAUGAAGAUUGGCCGCCUCAUCAAUUGCUUCAUGGGCACAAUGGGAGAGUCAAUUGUCUUCUGUAUCCUUAUCUAAUGCACAAUCGAUAUGACAUUGCUCAUUUACUCUCUGGUGGAGUAGAUUUUUCUGUUUGUCUAUGGGAUAUUUAUACUGGGACACUUCUUCACCGUUUUUGUGUGCAUGCAGGUGAAGUGACACAAUUACUUGUGCCACCUGUAAAUUGCAGUAAUCGAGUUCUUCAGUCUGUCUGUUCAGUUGCUAGUGAUCAUUCUGUUGCAUUGCUUGCAUUAAAAGAUAAGAAAUGUAUAAUGCUGGCUAGUCGACAUCUGUUCCCCAUUCAAGUUAUAAAAUGGAGACCUUUGGAUGAUUUCAUGAUUAUUGCAUGUUGUGAUGGAUCUGUUUAUGUGUGGCAAAUGGAGACAGGACAUUUAGAUAGAUAUGUCCAAGGUCUGCCAGCUGAAGAAAUCCUAAGUGCUUGUGAUGAAAAUAUUGUUAGUUCUGGUGAUCGUAUGACCAAUCCUGCUAUCCAUUUUUUCCGUGGUUUACGACAUCGUAAUUUGGCUGCAAUACGCCAUGCUGCUCAAAGAGGUCUAAACCAGCUACAUCAGCCACAGUUUCAUCCUUCCCCUCAACAGGUUGAUGGAACUGAAAUACAGCGUUCAAGAGCUCAACCUCUAAUAAUUCAAGGUCUUAGAACCAAUCCUAAAGACCAAGAUAGUCACGUCCUUUUCUUUGAUAUUGAAGCAUUAGUAGUUCAGCUAUUAAGUGAAGAAUAUGCCUCCCUUUCACCGGGUCAGUUGGAAAUUCAAGGGCUUAUAAAUCCAUCUGAGCAUCAGAAGUAUUUGGCCCUAUCAAGCUCUCCAGAAACCCAGCGAAAACUUUCAGGUUUAAUAGCCAAAGUGAAAGAUACAGCAGAAAAUGCAGCACAGAAAAUUCAAGCAAAAGCAGAAAGUGUAGGGUUUAAAACAACAUCUGGUGAAAUAACCAUACGUCGAAAGGAUUCUGGGGGAAGUACUGCUAGUGCUGAAAUUCCAAGUAAGAAGCAACGUCAAAUGAAUCUUGCUGAAGCAAAUUUGACCAUGGAAAUUGCACAAUUAUUAUUAUCAUUGUUACAUGCAUGGGGAUUAGAUGCUGAGUUAGAUAGAGUAUGUGAAAGUAAAUUAGGAUUGUUGCGCCCUAUGAGACCUGUCUGUUUUGGGUUACUGUCUCGAGGUGGACAUAUGGCUUUGAUAUUGCCCACUUAUCUGCAUACUAUACCUAAUAAUACUACCACCAAACCAGCAUUUACUAUGGAAGGGAAACAUGUUAGACUUGUACCUCCAGCUAUUCCACCGGAACUUGUUGAAGAGGAAGAAAGAGCUCGAAUUUUUUCAUCAAAAGGGCACUGGGAACUAUCUACUGCAAUCACAACAACUCAUUUAUUAGCUAUUAUUGCUUUAGCAAAUACUCUAAUGUCCAUGAAUAGUGCUACAUUUGUUCCAGAGCAAGAAAGGCGAAGAAAAUUACAUAGGAGACUUAGCCGUGCUGAUAGUAAAGCUGCAAAUUCUCAGCCAACAUCUCCUGGCACACCUGGUAGUACAGAUGCUAAAAGCAAGGAUGAUGUGCAGGCAAUGAUGGCUGCUGAAGCAGGAGCUUUUAGCAGUCAGCAGGCUCAAAUAAAACAAGGUUGGAGCUUACUGGCUGCCCUCCAUUGUGUUCUUCUGCCAGAACUAGUGAAAUCAACAAAAUUCAAAUGUCCUCAAGUGGAAAUGUUAGCUCGGCGCUGGCAAGAUCGUUGUUUAGAGGUUCGAGAAGCUGCACAAGCUCUACUCUUAGCUGAAUUAAGGCGAAUAUCGCCAAAAGGCCGGAAGCAGUUGGUUGAAGAAUGGGCUCCUUAUCUUCCAAAUUAUGGGGAACCUUUUCCUAAAAAUCCUAGUAGUAAUCAGUCACAGCGCAUUACUAAUGAGAAUGUUUCACCUGCUCCUCCAUCCACAUCACCUUCUGUUAGUACUGCACCUGCAACAUCUGCACCUGUAAGCAACAGUGAUCAACAAGUGUCUCAAAUAAAAGAGGAAGACCAUUCUUCUGAAGAAGAAACAGAAGAUCAUAGCCUAGAAGAAGCUAGUUGUAGAAGGCCAUCUAGUGCUACUGAAGGGAAAAGGAAGCAGACUACUGCUAUCGUUCUUUUGGGAGUUAUUGGUGCUGAAUAUGGUCAUGAAAUUGAAACAAGCAAGAAAAAGACGCCCGAUGAUCAAAAAAGAAGAAGUGUAGUUGAUGGCUUUGGGCUGUCAAAUUACUCACUUGCAAGGCAUACUAGUCAAGCUCUUGCAUUUUUAUUGUUGGUUCCACCAUCUCCAUCGUUUCCUUCUCACACAGCACUCAGAAGAGCUGCGAUAGAUUUGAUUGGAAGAGGGUUUACAGUUUGGCAGCCUUACUUGGAUGUAUCCAAAAUUUUACUUGGAUUAUUGGAACUAUGUUGCGAUUCUGAUAAACUUGUGCCGAGUAUGUCAUAUGGUCUUCCUUUGACUCCUGCUGCAGAUUCAUGUCGGACAGCUCGCCAUGCUCUUUCAUUGAUUGCUCUUGCUCGACCACCAGCAUUUAUUACAACACUUGCUAAAGAAGUUGCUCGAUAUAAUACUUUGGCUCAAAACGCUCAAGCUCUCAAUAUUUCUAUGAGCAUGACAGUUUUAAGUCGAUCCAAACCUGAAAUUCUUCGUGUUGUUGAGCUUUUGAUUGACAAAAUGCAGACAGAUGUGUCAGAUUUAUUAGUAGAGGUUAUGGACAUUGUGAUUCAUUGUUUGGAUCAUACUCAGCUGAAAGCCAGAGGAUUAAAAGAAACAUUUCCAGCAAUAUGCAGAUUCUACAAUGUGACAUACUGUAGUUCUACAAGGCGCAUAGCUGUUGGAGCGAAAAGUGGAACUCUAGCAAUUUAUGAGUUAAGAGCAUCUAAAAGUCAAACAAUCUCAGCUCAUGCUGCAGCUAUAAAUGCAUGUGCGUUUUCUCCUGAUGGGAAGUUUCUAGCAUCGUAUUCAAACCAAGAAAAUAAGUUAUGUUUUUGGCAAACUGCAACUGGCUUGUUUGGACUAGGCAAUGCACAAACACGCUGUAUCCGAACUUACAAUACACCACUUUUAAACGAAGCUGUGAAAAACAACCCUUUGAGAAUGGCUCGACUGCAGUGGGCAGGAAAUAAAGUUGUUAGUCUAAUUACUGAUGAUAAUUUAGAAUAUCGCUUUAGUGUAACAUGAAAUGGUAUUGUGUACACACGUACCAUUAAAGAUGAGUUUAAUUUCUUCCAAAAUAUAAUCAGAUUUCUGUGCAUAUUGUCCGAAUAUUAUUUUGUAUCAACUGGUGCUGUCAUUAAGAAAUAUGUUCGUAUUAGCAUAUUGACAACCUAUUCUGAACUUCAUCCAUGUUUCUAGAAAGCUGAUUUAUGAAAUGGUGGAGAAAUCUCCCAGAAAGGUAUUUGUUGAAUAUAUACCUGAUCUGUUCAUACUUAUAUUAUUGUAGACAUAUAUUUGUAAAAAAAAUAAUCAAUUCAUUUAAAAAAUGGGAUGGAUUUGCUGUGAUCCAGUUACUAACACUAAUCAGCUUGUGUUCUGAUAGAAAGUGAAGCAGCUGUCAUAUUUAAAGAAGUUAAUGUAUUACCUGGUUGGUAAAGUGGGGAAAAUGUGAAUAAUAUAAUGAAGUUUCUAUUUAUUCAUGAAUCUCAUUAAAUAGUUUAGUUCAUGUGUAUAUAUAAAAGUCAUUUUUAGUCAUUUGGUACACAACUUAGUGUUUAAAGCAUUUUUUAUAAUAUAUUGAAGAACCUUAGAGAACCAUGAAAAUGAAUUUCAGAUUACUUUGAGGUUUCACACAUUCAGUUUACUCCUUUUAUGAACAAAUGAAAGUUCAGUCUCUUAGUUCCUUUUUAUGGACCAUCUUAUUUACUUUAUUAAAUUAUGUUCCUUCAUGAUGAGAAUAUGUAUAGGUAAUUGCUUUGUAUCAGUAUUCAUAUAUCCUUUGAUAGGAAAAGUGAUUUUUUAGCCAGCAAAUAUGACACCAAAUCAUGUCAUCUAUUAAAAAUUUAAGCAAGUUUUCCUGCUUUUCAAGUAUAUCUUUAGUUCCCCCCCUUUUUUUUGGCUCUCUCUCUCUCUCUUUUUUUAAUAAAGCAGUUGGUAAUAUAAGUUGCUUCUUUGCUUUAAGAAAACUUGCAUGAAUUUUUAUUCGUUAUAUCUUUUCAGUUGUUAAUUUUAUCUUCAGUUAAAUAAAUUAUUUUAUUGUUGUGUUAUGUAUUUAAGUGUUUAAAUAUAUAUCAGAAUUUAGUCUCUUAAAACAUACAUAUUUGAGGGUUUUUUUUUUUUUUUUUAAAUUUAGGCCCAAAACUUAAACUGAUGUUGAAUCGAAUUAUAAACAAAUACUGACUGACUACAAGCUUCAUUAAAUUAUUCCAUGGAAAACUUAUAAUGAACAAGUAAAGAUUUCCUUUGCAGCUAUUAAAUUUUAACAUAAAAAUUCCUAAAUACUGAUUCCUGAACUUUUUACUGGUGAAAGGUUGAUUGAUUUUUUUCUUUCAUAUGUUGUCAUCUUAUUUAACAAAACCAGUUAUUUUGAUGAAAAUCUUAAAAAUUUUAUAAAAUCCAAAAUUUUAUGCUUCUGUAGUCAGUUAGGACAGAACCUUUCCUCAUAAUGUGAGUGUCUGGCCCCUUAAAAUGGGAUAUGAACUCUUCUAGCUAGAAAAAUUUGCAUUCAUUUCCUCAUGGUUAGAAGUCUUCAUAUUUAUUUCCUUAGUUUUCCCUAAAUGUAUGAACAUUGAAAUGCUAAAUGAGAAAACCUGAAAUGUUUGUCAGACGUUGAUCCAUGUGCUAACAGAUCUCUGUAAGAGGUGAAGAAAUUUUGCUUCUGGGAAUUUAUUAAUUCAUUUGUCAUGAAUUUGGUUUGUCAUCAAUUUUGGGUUAUUAAUUUCGGAAAUUGUUUUUUGAAAUAUUGAACUAAUUAUAAUGUGUGAGGAAGGAAGCUGGUAAAUGUAGUAGAAAAGCAAAAUUUCACAAUUUCUUUCUUAUUUUUACUAGUUUCUGAAGCACUUUAAAUACAAGUGGACAAAUAAAAUUACAUAACAAGAUUGGUUAUUGUUCAGAGUUGUACUCAAAUGGUUAAAUUUUUGUGGUUAGUGAUUAUGGUGUGGUAACCUAUUUACUGAUCCUAGCUAUUAGUUAAUUUCAAUAGUUUUUUUUGUUUAAAAAUAUUGAAUACUUUUGUUGAGAGCAAAAUUAUUCAAUUAUGAAAAACUGUUUCUCACAAUCAUUGAUUCUUCUUUGUUGCAAUAUUUUAUUCUUUUGAAUUACAUUUUAUUUAUACUCUUUGAUUAAUUUUCUUAAAUGGAUUUAAAAAAUAAUUAUAAAGAUUUUCAGGAUCUUUAACCAAGUACAUCCUGUAUGUGUUCUACCUACUUUUGUAAAUUUGCCAUUUCUAGAGCUAAAACAGAACUCCACUUGCAUGUAAAUCUUUAUAUGUCUGUUAAAAAGUGUAUCACCAAUACCAUUUCUUGAUAAAGUCAACUUAUCUGCCGGUCUAGUACACUGUAAUAGAACCAUAUAUUUCUGCUUGAAGUCCCUUUUUUCAGAUCCAGUUUGCUAUGUUAUAUAAAUAUGAUAAAUUUUAUGCUCGUUAUAUUCUUAGCACAUUUAAGACUUUAUCAUCAUUAUAACAUUUCUUGUGCAAAAGCUUUGUAAUUGCUUAUUUAAAAGCAUAAAAUUUAAGUGCCUCUCAGUCAGCUAACAUGUAACCUCUUUUCCCAAAUCAUAAAUGUGCAUACAUACACAUAUGAUAUAUUUUUCAUUAAAAGUGGCAGAAGAAAUUAACUUUAUUUCCUUAUGACUUGCUUGAUUGUGUCUAUAUUAGAUAUAUUUGGGGAAAAUUAUUUGCAUCUUUUUUUAUUAUUAUUUUUAAUAUAUAUAUAUAUGUAGAGAGAGAGAGAGAGACUGUAUGAAUGAUGUGAUAAGCUUAGCAUGUUAUUUAAUUGGGUGUUAUGUAAUUGAUGAUUUAGCCCAAGCUUCUAAGGAUGAAAGAAUGAUUGACUUGUAAAUGGAUUUAUUCAAAAUGAUGUGUUAGGUAUUAAUGAUAUUGCCGUCAUUCAUUGAUUAUAAUGGAUUGAAUUAUAAGCUUAGUUAUGAAACCGCUCAAGUUACAUUAAUAGAAUUGUUUUCAAUAUAUAUUUUGAUUUUUCAGUUAGGAAUUUUCUUAUUAUUCUUUGAAACUAUGUUUAUCUUAAUUGAUCAUUAUAUAUAUUUUUAUGAUCAUAAUAUCAUAGAUCUUUUCCAAUUUGUACUGACCUCAAAAGCCGCCAUGCUAAUUUUUAGUUCUAUUGCAGACGGAUAUAUUUAAUUUUUAAUGUAAUUUGAUAAUUUAUUUUUUAAUCUGUGGUUAUGAAUAUAUUGAGCCGUUUGCGAUAAGUUGAUUAUAUAUAAUGAUUGCCUGUGAUUAUGAUAGUGUGUAAACACUAAAUGCUGUAAAAUACAGUAUUUUGUAAUUGUAAUUUUGUUCUUGUUGAUAUUGUAAAUAAGAUUAUGAUCAAACAGUUCACGCUUAACAUAAGUUUAUGUAUCUGUAAAAAAAUUCUUAAGAUUCUGUAAAGUGACUUUUUUAGUUGUUUUUAAGUGACAAAUAUGAAUUUAAAUAUGUCAUGCAAAUGAAAGCAAAUUCUGUUAUAAUUUGUAUUUUCAUUCAGAAUAUUGGAAGGUUGAAAGUAUACCACAAAUAUUUAUUAAUUUCAUGUGUAUAUAAUUUGAAAUUAUGAACUUUUAUCAUAACCAAAACAGUUUUUGAUUUAAUAUUUGAACAGAUUAUUUCUAAACACAAAUUAUUUAUUUAUUUAUUUAUUUAUGAAUUUGUUAAUAUGAGUGUCGAAAAUAAAAUAAAUUGUGAUCUAUAUAUAAUAUAUAUGUACAUAUAAAAAAUUUAUUUACAUUCUUUUAUGUAAAUUUUUCUCUUUCAUUCCAGCUAAUUAUUUUAUGUAUUUUCCCCCCUUUCAAUGUGCAAUACUGCUCGCAUAGAGUUGCUUUAAAAUAUACAACUGCAAAAUGUGGUUUUUAAAUAUAUGUAUAUAAUUAUUUCUAAUUAAAACUUUAAAAAUCAGUUUUAAAAUAUAUAUAUGAUAAUUUUAUGUAUAUGUAUUUUUUCUCGUAAAAUUUCAUCUAUUAAUACUUUUUUUAUGUAAAGUUUUUCUGUUACCUUUUAAUUGCUACUGUAAAUUUUAUUUAUUUAUUUUUUAAUGAGGGCCACUGCUAGAAAACUAUAAAAUGUGAUUUAUGUUUGCAAAGAAACUAUAAUUUUGAAAUUUGAUUUUAAAAUAUAUGCCCCUUUUCUUUUCAUUUGAGACCUUUAAUAGUAUUUUGCUGUUGCAAAAUGCGAAUUUUUCAUUUUAAAAAUUGAAUUCAGUCUUUAAAACAUUAUUUCUGAAAAAUCAUAGUUAUGUUUAAUAGUGAGUUAUAUUGAUUUCAAACUAUAUAUCAAUUUCUGGAAUGUAAAAUUCAAUUGCUGUGUAUGUGCAUUUGUGAAAUAGCUUAAUCCCUUUGUAAGCAAUUCAAAUAGAGAUUAUUUUAUAUUUUUAAGUAAAUAUGUGAGUGAUUAAAAAAAAAAUCAGUUUGUUAAUGCAUAUUUCAAAAUUUUAAUUUUAUCAUAUAUAUAUAUCGUGUAAUGUAUACUAAUUUUAUAUUAACCAAGGAAUGAUUUUUUUUGGGGGGGGAAUAGUUUUGUUCACAUAGAAUCAGGUGUGAUUAUAGAAUUAAUCAAGGAAAGUUUUUUUUUAAAAAAUUUCUGUGUUGAUAAUCAAAUGUAACUGCUUUUAAUCGCUAAUUACAAUCGAAUUUAAAUCAUAUCUUUUUAAUUUAUAUUGUGUUUGAGUGAUAAUUUCAUUUAUACAAUUAUGUUUGAUUCUGUAUAACUUUUUGCAUCCAAACAAGUUUUUAAGAAAAGUAGAGGUACUGGGUAAUGUUUUAUAUUCUGAUGUUUUGUAGAGAAAAGGAUUCAUAUUUUAACUAGCUCAUUUUUGGAAAAGUUAUUCAGGAAAACUUGGUUAUCUCUUUAUUAUAAGUUAUUCUUUUCGUUAUUUUGUUAAUCUUACCUUUAAAACCACAUUGUAGAUAUGAAAUGAAAUAUCAUUUGUUCAAUAUGUUUUUGCCAAAAAGUCUUAAGUAAAUAGAAGUGUUGCCCAGUUCUUACAGUUUUGUUUUAUGCAAUAAAAAUAUUUUUCUUAUUUCCA